AGUUCCGAAGAAGAUGUCUCCGAAGAAAUAUUCAUUUUUCGUCCUCGUCAUGUCCUCGUUUGGCGGUGUGGCCUCCUGCCAGCGAAGAAAUUUCGAUUCAUCGUCAAAUGAUCAAUGCUGGCCGAAUGGAAGAGUGUGCACGAAGAUCACAGAGUGCGCCGGAGCAAUGGAAGGCUUCCAAAGGAAUCCAUUGGCUUACAUAGAGCGACUGUGCUCCUUUGCCUCCGGAGUGCCCUUCAUCUGCUGCGACCAAGCGACGCCCUCCCCUCCAGCUUCGACCACAAAUUCUCCCCCCGCACCAAAGCGGAUCAGCCAAGUCACAUGCCUUUAACUGUGAGACUCGGGGAACACGACCUGAAUGAUGAAUAUGAUACCAUCCCGUACAAUUACAAUGUAAUCAAUGUCGUCAUUCAUCCAGACUGGAGAAAAGGGGACACCAAAAUGAGUUACCAUGAUAUUGCCCUGGUACAACUGGAUAGGAAAGUCCCCUUUCGAUACACAAUUUAUCCAAUUUGUCUGGCGACUGACGACGUCCCGCUGCCGAAAGAGUGGAGCAAUGUGACGGUCGCUGGAUGGGGAACCACCGCCUAUCUCGGAGAGGCGAGCAACGUCCUCCUGAAAGCUUCGGUUCCGUUGAGAGAUCCAUCCAUGUGUGACAAGUUGAUCUCGAAGUAUUUCGUCCUGAGAAAAAAAUAUCCCAAUGGUACAGAGGGACGAGUCCUCUGCGCUGGGGACGGAGGAAAAGACGCGUGCCAGGGAGACUCCGGAGGACCGCUCAUGCUCCCUCUCUCUCGAGACACCUGCGUUCACACCAUGCUCGGGAUUGUAUCUACCGGCGUGGGGUGUGGAAAUGGAGACUUCCCAGGCUUCUACACUCAGGAGGAGACUGAGAGGAUGGGAGACUACUUGGGAGCGCUGAAAGCAUGGACAACGCAUCAACUACAAUUAUUGCAAUCUCGUCGCUUUGACAACCAGCGGAGUGCCGUUACCCAACCAAGUUUUUACGAGGAGCCCUAUCAGUGGAGAGCUUCUGCCCAAUCAUAUCAUUAUGAGGAGCCCUACUACGCCAUGAACAAUGGAGAUUACCGUCCCCAGCGUCGUGAUCGGGAUCAGAAGACCAAGACCCAGAGUCACUUUGAUGACCAAGCCUGCACUACUCCAAAAAUGGUUAUCCUUCAACAUGGUCUCUCCAUCUACCACCAGAAUGGAACAGUUCUACCACCUACUGUGAAGGGGCCUUCGUAUUCCAUGGAAAAUGAAGAUUACCACGAUGUCGUCCUACUCCAACUGGAUCAGAAAGUUUCCUUUCGGCCCACAAUCUACCGAAUUUGUCUGGCGACUGACGACGUCCCGCUGCCACAAGGUGUAACCGUUGCUGGAUGGGGGAUCACCGCUUUCGAUGGGGAGACCAGCAAGGUCCUGCUGAAAGUUUCUGUUCCGUUGUAA